AUGGUAACCGAAUCUGAACUAGUUCAUCUUGCACUCUUAAAAAUUAGUCGUUCAAUUUAUAGAGAUAACAAUGAUAGCAUUACCAAUUUUUCUCAACUUCUUGAGUUCCUUAAAGCUGAUCCUUCAUUUCGUAUUUUCAAAAUCAGCUCAGAACAAAAACUUUUGGAUCUAAGAUUUACAUAUUUAACUGAUGUGAAAGAUUUUAUCAUCGGAUUACGACAAUUGCUAUCAGAUGCUGAAAUUGUUGAUCUUAAGUUACAAAAACAGUCCAUAUUAAAAAUUUUACCUAGUAAAUUGUUCGCAGACACAUUUAGCUUAAAAAUUGCUGAAUCCCAAAAUAUUAAUGAAGUUUUUACAAAUCUCCAAAACUUUCUAUUUCAAUAUAAACGAGUAAUUAAGUAUGGAUCAGUAAUCACUUUGCGUAAUGUUGAGACCGGUAAGCUAUUAUCAAGUUCGCUGGAUAAAUAUACUGGUGGAUCAAAACAACAUUGGGCAUUUGCAGUGGAGCGUCGCCCAACUGAUUACGAAUUAUGGACUAUAAUGCCAGAAGUUUUUAAAAGUGGAAUAAUUCCAGUAUAUGGUGGCAACAAAGAAAUAGGGUUACCAGUAUAUUAUGGGGACAUAAUAACGCUUAGAAACAAUGGUACUGGACAAAAAUUACAUUCUCAUCAUUAUAAAUCCCCAAUAACUUCUCAACAAGAAG